AUGAAACGCGUCGUUGGCCCUCUAGAUAAACGCAAGAUAGUUUCUCGCUGCCAGGCUUGCGCAAAGAGGCGCAUAAAGUGUCAAGGAGGUGUUCCUUGCGAAUAUUGCAAUCGUACCAAUAAAAUAUGUAGCCCACAAGCGGUGGCAACUUCUACCAACUUAAGCAGACAGUUCGUCGCAUACGCGCCACGACAACAAGGAGCGGCAACUGCUAUCACAUUACCAAUACAAGUACAGUCAAAUGAUACCGAUAUAUAUCUGAAUAGUUUCGCGGAGUUACUUUAUCGAUGCCAGUUCACCAAAGAUUUCCUGCACAUAGGGAGAGACCUGCUGCCUUUGAUGCACACUUCGCCAGCUUUGAGAGACCUGGGUAUCGCAAUCGGGGCAUUAGAUGCUAGCAGACGAGCUUCAACCAGAGCGUGUCUCGAGCCUGAUUGGCCACAAUGCGUCGCGUACCGCUCAUAUAGCCGUUCCCUACAGUCUCUCCAACUGCAGCUUCAGACAGAGGAUGUCGGAACGGGCCAGGACGUAGCGUGGACUACCUUUCUAUUAGGGGUAUUUGAGUUGAUGGCUGAACCAUCUGGCACCGGGUUCGCGAAACAUAUGCUCUAUGGCACAUCAAAGGUACUGCAGCUUGCUGGCCCAUAUGCCCAUCAGUCAACGUUACAGAAGAGAUUGCUUGAUGCUUUUCGAGUGCUGGAAGCAAACAGAGCAAUUCUAUACGGAGAUGACACAUUCUUAUCGGAGAGCAAGUGGAGCUUCAAUAACAGGGUUACAACCAAGCAAGCUGCAGUUCCUGAUCCCAUGGCGGAUAUAGUAGAGCUGAGGAUACAAACGUCAAGAUUCAGCAAGCAGCUGUUUCAAAUUGUUGAGGAUACUCCCACGGAGAAGAGAUCUACAAGUUCUGCUGUCAAAGCUCUGGCUCGCGAAGGAACCGCGUUAGAUCACAGAAUCACCACCUGGAACAAUGAUAGCCUCUUAGAGUCACCGAUUACAGAUCCUUUUACCCAAGUUUCAUUUGCGUAUUAUUAUGCUCUGCAGCUCUUUCACUGCAGAAACUUUACGUAUUAUUCGUGUUGGGAGACUGGGACAGUUCCCGAAUUAAGCCUACUUGAAACCAAUGCGUACGUUGCGGCAAUUAUAGAUGUAUGCGACAAAACCAUUCGGGCUUCUAAUAUACCUGGAGUCAUUCUCUUAUUUCCAUUACGGAUGGCAGGAGCACAUGUCGGAUUCGAGCGCAGAAGCAAGAUUUUGAAACUCCUCCAGCAAAUUUACAACAGCGGCUUCGUAGUGGCGGAAACAAUCAAGGCAGAUUUAUGCGAUUUCUGGGCUUUUAAAGAAUUGGAAUCUUCGAGCAAGCAGAAUAGGUAA